AUGGCGAAGGAUUUGGUUUCUUCAUCUGAGAAUCUAGCCAUUUUGCAUACGCCGUCGUCUUCGGGAGUUGCUGUUGCUGAUGACAGCUUCGAGGACGCUUGUAGUAUCUGUCUCGAACCUUUCAGCUCCGACGAUCCCGCCUCGGUUACCAGCUGCAAGCACGAGUAUCAUCUUCAGUGCAUUCUUGAAUGGUCACAAAGAAGCAAAGAAUGCCCAAUAUGUUGGCAGAUUCUUGGCAUGAAGGAUGCUGCAAGUCAAGAGCUUUUAGCAGCAGUUGAGAAUGAGAGAACCUUGAGGUCAAGGCGUACUGUUCACCCAAUCGAUGAAGACCAUGAUAUCAAUCAAGAAGCUCCUUACAUGGAUGAUUCUGACUUUGAGGAGCAAAUUAUGUGGCAUUUCGCUGCUGCUGCAAGCAGAUCUCGCUACAUAAACAGAAGGGGAAGGCAGAGGUCUUCAGGAAUUGGUUCUUCACAAGUUCUUCCUGCUGCUCCAAUUGCAGAUGUGCCCAAUGUGCAGCAAAUGUAUACCUCUCCAGAAGAGCGCCAAAAUCCAGGUCAUGGGUUCUUAGCAGUGGAUUCACCAGCUUGUAGCACACCACAUACUACCAUUGAUCAAUAUCCACCAUCUGUGGUUCCACCUGUUAUGAAUACAGUAUCAAACUCUGCUGGAAACAGUGAUAGUCCUGCCCAGGCCAGUGCUUUUGACAGUAAGCCAACCGCUGAUAGUCAGCCAAGACGAAGCUCAUCUGACUUUCUCACUUUGUCGGAGUCCAUUAAAUCUAGAUUGUCUACUGCCUCAGCCAGGUACAAGGAAUCAAUCUCAAAAAGUACACGAGGAUUCAAGGAAAAAUUACUAGCUCGCAAUAACUCGGUAAAGGAAUUGAGCAAAGGAGUGCGGCGUGAGAUGAGUGCAGGAAUUACUGAAGUUGCAAGAAUGAUUGAACGUAUAGACAUUACUUCAAAACGAUCUGGAGUUUCUGCUCCCUUAUCCAAUCCCGCUGGAGGAACCUCAAACUCAUCUCAUAAAGGAAAGGGUUUGCAUGGGAAUGAGUCUUGUCAUGGAAAUACUGGGGAAACUGCACAUAACAUGUCUUCAGAUGCACCCAUAUCUGUCUCCAUCACCACUCCAGGUCGAUUGGAAGUUUCUCUUACACAGGAUGAGGAGUCAACUUUGACAUGCGUAUUAUCAUCCAACAGAAGGCAUUUCAUGCAAGUGAUGGGUAUUGAAGAAUCAACCCCACUCGUAGAUAGAUGGUUGGUUCGCGUCCUGCAUUAG